CUCUCGUCACUCUCGUCACUCUCAUCAUCAUCUGGUUCAUCUAAAGAACAAGUUCCUAAUUACGUCCUUCCUACUCCCGAAGAAGUUGAAAAACUGCCGCCUCCAGUAGUCCGCACCCACAUACCUUCCGAGCCCGCUCCCGUUCACCAAAACCAAGAACCUCCGGUUCCUGUUCAACAUUACUUUACACCUGUCAACUUCCAAGCCAAUCCUGUCCAGCCAGUGCUGCAGCCCAUUCCUGUACUUCAGCAAACAGUAUCUGUGCAUCACCAAGCUCCUGUUGAACAAUCAGUUUCUCUGCACUAUCAACCCACCCCAGCAAUCCAAACAGUAUCCGUGCACCAUCAACCUACGAUUCAAUAUGAGUCUGCUCCAUUACAUUAUGAAUCUCCUGUGCAUCAUUACUCCGCUCCUCUGCAUCAUGAGAUUGCUUCAGUUCAACAUGAAUUGCACCGACCUCAACAUGAAGAGCACCAUGAAGAUUAUUACGCGUACCCUAAGUACGAGUUCGAGUACAAGGUGGAGGACCCGCACACCGGUGACCGCAAGUCCCAGCACGAGUCCCGCGACGGCGACGUCGUGAAGGGUUAUUACAGCCUGCACGAGGCCGAUGGUUCUGUUCGUACUGUCGAGUAUUCAGCUGACAAGCACAACGGAUUCAACGCAAACGUGAAGAAUGACCAUUACCAGAGCCAUCACUGAUGCCCUGUACCUGCAAUCUUACUAUUUAUUAAAUACCUCUUUGU